GGCCGGGCUGGGGCGGGGCUCCGCGAGCAACUGUGGCUGCGGCCGACUGGGAGCCGCGCAGGACCUCGGAGUGGUACCAUCGCGAGUGUCUCAGAGUGAAGCCCCCAGCCCAGCCAUGGCGUACGGCGGCCUCACUGUGCCCAUCAUCGUCAUGAGCGUUUUCUGGGGGGUAGUCGGCGGCAUCCUGCCCUGGCUCGUGCCCAAGGGGCCCAACCGCGGUGUUAUCAACACAAUGCUGGUGACCUGUGCCGUUUGCUGUUACCUCUUUUGGCUGAUCGCGAUCCUGGCCCAGCUCAACCCUCUCUUUGGUCCACAGUUAAGCAAUGAAACAAUCUGGUAUCUUCAGUAUCACUGGCCUUAAAGAUGUCUGUCCUCUCUGCUGCCUUUUUUUUGUGGACUAGGUAAAGAAGAUAUUUCCUCUAGAUGUAAAAACUACAUUGAUCCAAAGAUGCCCUUAACAUAGCUGGUUGGAUACCAAACCUGCUUAAUGCCUUAAUGUUUGUAUUGUGCUUAAAAUGGCUUGUUCAAAGCCUUAUAUUUUUCUCCUGGUUUCCUUUUUAACUGUUUAACAAUGUGCCUAAUACGUAAGAUUUAUACCUCUUUUUCUGUACUAUAUACUUCUACUUGUUUCAAUUACACUUGAAAGUUAAGUUUUAUAAUUUUUUUUCUGGGAUAUGUGAGUUUGAGGGCAGCCUCUUCCUUGUCCUCGGUGUUGCACAUUCUCCAUGAGCUUCAUGAAACUUCCACACACUAGGCUGUCUAUUUAUAGUGUAAUACACAGGCAUUUUCUGUCUGACUACAAUUGCAUAAAAUAAAGUGUACAACAAAGCUGGUGACUGGGAGAUGCUGCCACGUGUUUAUGGCAUUUAUUUUUACAAUGGAUUGUAUUCUCAAACGUUUAAUCUUAAAUUUCUGUGUACAUGGGAAUAAAAUGAAUCUGCUGCUUUAUAUGAAACAU